CCAUGGCGCUGGGGCUGCAGCGCGCAAGGUCGACCACCGAGCUGCGCAAGGAAAAGUCCCGGGAUGCGGCCCGCAGCCGGCGCAGCCAGGAGACCGAGGUGCUGUACCAGCUGGCGCACACGCUGCCCUUCGCACGCGGCGUCAGCGCCCACCUGGACAAGGCCUCCAUCAUGCGCCUCACCAUCAGCUACCUGCGCAUGCACCGCCUCUGCGCCGCAGGGGAGUGGAACCAGGUGGGAGCAGGGGGAGAACCACUGGAUGCCUGCUACCUGAAGGCCCUGGAGGGCUUCGUCAUGGUGCUCACCACCGAGGGAGACAUGGCUUACCUGUCGGAGAAUGUCAGCAAACACCUGGGCCUCAGUCAGCUGGAGCUCAUUGGACACAGCAUUUUUGAUUUCAUCCACCCCUGUGACCAAGAGGAGCUUCAGGACGCCCUGACCCCCCAACAGACCCUGUCCAGGAGGAAGGUGGAGGCCCCCACGGAGCGGUGCUUCUCCUUGCGCAUGAAGAGUACGCUCACCAGCCGCGGGCGCACCCUCAACCUCAAGGCGGCCACCUGGAAGGUGCUGCAUUGCUCUGGACAUAUGAGGGCCUACAAGCCUCCUGCACAGACUUCUCCAGCUGGGAGCCCCGACUCAGAGCCUCCACUGCAGUGCCUGGUGCUCAUCUGCGAAGCCAUUCCCCACCCAGGCAGCCUGGAGCCCCCGCUGGGCCGGGGGGCCUUCCUCAGCCGCCACAGCCUGGACAUGAAGUUCACCUACUGUGACGACAGGAUCGCAGAAGUGGCCGGCUACAGUCCCGAUGACCUGAUUGGCUGUUCCGCCUACGAGUACAUCCACGCGCUGGACUCCGAUGCGGUCAGCAAGAGCAUCCACACCUUGCUGAGCAAGGGCCAGGCAGUAACAGGGCAGUAUCGCUUCCUGGCCCGGAACGGUGGUUACCUGUGGACCCAGACCCAGGCCACAGUGGUGUCAGGGGGACGGGGCCCCCAGUCGGAGAGUAUCGUCUGUGUCCAUUUUUUAAUCAGCCGGGUGGAAGAGACCGGAGUGGUGCUGUCCCUGGAGCAAACGGAGCGACACUCUCGCAGACCCAUUCAGCGGGGCGCCCCCUCUCAGAAGGACACCCCUAACUCUGGGAACAGCCUUGACACCCCUGGCCCCCGGAUCCUCGCCUUCCUGCACCCCCCUUCCCUGAGCGAGGCUGCCCUGGCCGCUGAUCCCCGCCGUUUCUGCAGCCCUGACCUCCGUCGCCUCCUGGGACCCAUCCUGGAUGGGGCUUCGGUAGCCGCCACUCCCAGCACCCCACUGGCCACACGGCAUCCCCAAAGUCCUCUUUCGGCUGAUCUCCCAGAUGAAUUACCUGUGGGAACAGAGAAUGUGCACAGACUCUUCACCUCCGGGAAAGACACUGAGGCAGUGGAGACAGAUUUAGAUAUAGCUCAGGAUGCCGAUGCUCUGGAUUUGGAGAUGCUGGCCCCUUACAUCUCCAUGGAUGAUGACUUCCAGCUCAACGCCAGCGAGCAGCUACCCAGGGCCUACCACAGACCUCUGGGGGCUGUCCCCCGGCCCCGCGCUCGGAGCUUCCAUGGCCUGUCACCUCCAGCCCUUGAGCCCUCUCUGCUGCCCCGCUGGGGUAGUGACCCCCGGCUGAGCUGCUCCAGCCCUUCCAGAGGGAACCCCUCAGCAUCCUCUCCCAUGGCUGGGGCUCGGAAGAGGACCCUGGCCCAGAGCUCAGAAGACGAGGACGAGGGAGUGGAGUUGCUGGGAGUGAGACCUCCCAAAAGGUCUCCCAGCCCAGAACCCGAAAACUUUCUGCUGUUUCCCCUCAGCCUGAGUUUCCUUCUGACAGGAGGACCAGCCCCAGGGAGGCUGCAGGACCCCAGCACCCACCUCCUGGACCUGAAUGAGCCCCUGGGCCUGGGCCCCUCACUGCUCUCUCCGUACUCAGACGAAGACACUACCCAGCCCAGGGACCACUUCCAGCCAACGGCAGGCUCGGCCCAAGCCGACUGAGCCGCCUCCUCUCCCCAUCUGCCUUAUCCUCCCCCAGAAAGGACCUCAACCACACUCCAAGCCGGCAGCCAACGCACAGGAUGGGGAUACCAGGAGAGGGGCCCCUCUCCUCUCUAUGUGCCCCCUGCCCACCUCGGGCCUACCUCAGCUCUCACCCCUCUGCCUGCUCCCAAUCUGGGGGCUCUUUGGGGUGGUCUCAGCUCAGUGACCUCUGGGAGGGGGUCCCUGGCUCCCUCCUCCUCCUCUCAGGAUUUCUCUUGGGGUUCUCAAUACUUGGUUACCUCAU